AUGUCUGACAACUCAGGUAGCAGCAACCGUUUUGCGCGGCGCGAGGAGUUCUCCAGCCAGUCCAUCCUCCUGUACAAGAUCUCGACAGGUCUCUCGUAUCUGAUCCUGCUCGUCACCGCCUUCUACUACACCUUCCACCAGCCCAAUGAGGGCCAUGGACCGCACCACCGCUUCUGGCAGCACCAGCCUGCCACGCCGUUUGCGCAGAGCAGCAUCAUCACGUCCAUCUACUGGAUCGUCCUCUUCGUGCUCCAGCUUAUCUACGCCUGGUCUCUGUGGUCCUCCAACGCCACCUACCUCGCCGCCGCCGCCAACAUCGGCACCCACUACAUCACAUCCAACCUGCUGCUCUUCGGCUUCAUCCACCUGUGGGUGCGCAGCCACUUCUGGCUGGCCGAGCUGCUGCUCGUGAUCAACUUCUUCAACCUGAGCUUCGCCUACUUCCGCCACUCCACCACUCCGCGAGCUAUCCACAUUGGCACGCUUGCGGGUCCCUUGGCGUGGAACUUUACAGCCCUGUAUUGGGUCGGUGCGGUCGCAUUCCACUCGACGCAUCUGGCUGGGCGCAUCGUUGCUAACGUCUUCAUCUGGGGCUGGCUUGGAUAUGGGCUGUUCUUCCUUGCGGCGUACAAGGACUACACAAUCGGUCUUGCGCUGUCUGUGCUGUCCUUUUCCACCGGUGUUGGCCAGUUCCUCAGCAAACUCCCCAUCCUGCAGUUGCAGUGGAUCUUCGCCUUCACCAUCGGCGGCAUCCUCUUCGUGGUCUCGCUCGCUGUCGGUGUACCGGGACUUCUGGGUCGCGAUCCCUUCCCGCGUGGCCAGAUUGUCAGCGAGGACCGCGAGAGAGCGCCUCUGCUGGCCGACGAAUAG